AUGGAAGAGAAUCCUGGUUCCGCGGGCCCGGUUGCGGUUGUGCGACGACGGUCCGAGUCGCGCUCGCCCAUGGUGGAUCGUGGUCCGCGCCAGGGAUCACGGAGGAAUAUGACGAUCGGUAGCUGGCAGCAUCCCGGGUCUCCAAGUUUCCAAAUCUCCAGGUUCACUCACCAGCAGCAGCAUCACGUCCAGCAGAAGCAUCACCACUAUACGAGUACCAUACUCGUACUAACCGAGCAUCUCCAUCCCAUCCCCACCGUCUUACCUGGUUCAGCUGAUGCCCUAGCGUCAAGAGGGUCCCCCGUCCAUGUCGACGGGUCACUGGCGCUGCUUUAG